GUCUGGGUUGUUAGCUAACUUCACAUCGUUUACAUUUCUACGCACUUUUUGCUAUUUGAAAAUAUAUAUACAAAAUACGUAAAUGUAAACAUUUAAUUUUAUUUACAAAAAUUGUUUUCUAUUCUAAAAAUGGGCAAAAGAAAAGCACCUGAAAAUUCUGAAAAUCCAAAUCAUGAUUUGUGUGAAUUUUUAACAGAGCUUGCAAAUUAUGAGCGUAAUGUUACUAAAAAUAUUUAUAAAUCCAAUGCAUAUCGAAAGGCAGCAGUGACUCUCAGUAAAUUAUCAGAAAGAGUGAAAAAUGGAAAAGAGGCGAAAAAGCUGCCUGGAAUUGGUGAUAAAAUUUCAAAAAAAAUUGAUGAAUUUUUAGAAACUGGAAAAUUGCAAAAACUCGAAGAUAUAAAAAAAGAUGAAGGAAAUUUAGCAAUUAAUCUACUUACAAGAGUAUCCGGAAUUGGUCCAUCGAAAGCGAAAGAAUUGGUGGAUUCUGGAAUAAAAACUUUGGAAGAUUUAAAAUUGCAUCAGGACAAAUUAACCCAUCAUCAAAAACUUGGUUUAAAAUAUUUUGAAGAUUUUGAGAAAAAAAUACCACGCAUGGAAAUUAAGAAAAUCGAGAAAAUUCUCAAGGAAGCGAUAAAUAAACUCGAUGAUAAAUAUUUAAUAACAAUUUGCGGAAGUUACAGACGUGGAAAAGAAGAAAGUGGCGAUAUUGAUGUUUUAUUGACUCAUCCAAAUUUUACAUCAUCAAUUAAAGAAUCGAAAAAGAAAAAUAAUCAAAUUUUAAAAUCUAUCAUUCAAUGUCUUGAAAAAGUAAAAUUAAUCACUGAUACAAUUUCACUUGGUGAAACAAAAUUUAUGGGAGUUUGCAAACUUACCACAGAUGAGAAAGCUUUGUUUAGAAGACUCGAUAUAAGACUUGCACCUUAUGAUCAAUAUUAUUGUGCAGUUUUGUAUUUCACGGGUAGCGAUUUGUUCAAUAAGGAAAUGCGAGCUCAUGCUUUGGAGAAGAAAUUCACUCUAAAUGAAUAUACAUUGAGACAUUUGACUCUGGAAGGAGUUCCAGGAGAGCCGGAAAAAAUUACCAGCGAGGAGGAUAUUUUUAAAAUUCUUAAUUAUCCAUACAAAACUCCAGAGGAAAGAAAUGAGUAAAUUUUCAUUUUUUUAGGGAACGUGAAGAUAAUUAAGUAUAAAUGCCAAUGAAAUUUCCAUAAAUUUAUAGUUCUACUAUAAAAUUUAAUUCAAUAUUUAAAAACUUAAGUUAAAAAAUAAAUAAUUUAACUUAAUUAAAAACCAAAAAUUUUUGUAAACUAUUUAAAAAAAAACUCUAAGAGUAAUCCUAUUUCAGGGUGGCCGUUUUUUUCACCAAAAAAAAUUCCCGGUCAUUUCCCGGUCAUGAAUUAUUUUUCCCGGUCAUAAAGGAAAAUUCCCAAAAAAAUUAUUCUAUAAAUUUAUUGAAUAUUGACUCUUUAUUAAACAUAAAACAUAUAAAUACGUAAUAUACAUUUAAAAAAAAACGUUUUAUCACGUUUAUCACAUUUUGUUUCUUACUUAAUGUUUAUAAUAAACACAUACUAUAUAUUUUUUUAAUAAAAUAAACUUUUUCGUA